AAUCGGAUGCUAGUAGCGGAAACGUCAUGAAGUGACAGCAGACAGCAGCAGCGCCUGUGAGUGUUGAGCGCUGCAGCCGCCCCGUUUCCCCCUUCGAGCACCGAGGCGGAUAUCUCAACCGAGAGAGAGAGCCAUCGGACGAAAUCCAGUGCCCGUGUGGUCGAUCAGACCUCCGAUUCCCGGCCCAGCCAUGGACGAGCAGGCUGGCCCUGGUGUGUUUUUCAACAACAAUAACAAUUCGGUUCUUCCCGGCGGAGCGAAAGCGCCACAACCGGGCGACGGCGGCGGCGGAGAGGCGGCCCGAGCUCAGUACAGUGUCCCGGGGAUUUUACACUUUCUGCAGCACGAGUGGGCCCGUUUCGAGGUGGAGCGCGCGCAAUGGGAGGUGGAACGAGCCGAACUGCAGGCUCAGAUCGCGUUCCUGCAGGGCGAGAGGAAAGGCCAGGAGAACCUGAAGAAAGAUCUGGUGAGACGCAUUAAGAUGCUGGAGUACGCUCUAAAACAAGAGAGGGCAAAAUACCACAAGCUGAAAUAUGGAACCGAGCUGAAUCAGGGUGACAUGAAACCACCCAGUUACGACUCAGAUGACGGCAACGAGAACGAGACGCUUCCUGAACCGCCCAACAGUCAGCUGAGCUGGAAACAGGGCCGGCAGCUGCUGAGACAAUACCUGCAGGAGGUGGGCUACACAGACACCAUUCUGGAUGUGAAGUCCCAGCGGGUCAAAGCUCUGCUCGGACUGGCAGCAGACAGCGGAGAGAGACCCGGUGAUCAGAGACAGGAACCCAUGGUGAACGGAACUGAAGCGUCCUCACUGAAGGACAGCAGUAACACCAUGAUGGGUAAACCAGAGAUGUCCGACUCUGCCACGGUGCUCGAAGCCUUCAAGUUCAUCGAGAAAGCCGCUGCAGAGUUCACUGAUGAAGAUGAGGAUGAAGACAGUGAAGGACAAAACAAGACCAUCAUGGAGCUCGCCACCAUGGUGAGGAGGAAGGUGUCUCCGUCGCCCUCCUCUUCCUCAGCAGAUAUGAGCGAUGAUCUUGACACUGACGAGGUUCUGAAGGGUUUUGAUUUUCUGGCUAACAGUGAGGACAUGGAGGGUCCCACUGAAGCGCCCCCUGCUGGAGAGCGAGCUGACUGGGAGAAGGAAGAGAAGAGCCCUUUGUCUGAGGCGUGGGACGUGGAUGAGGGGCUGAUCUCUAAACUCAAGGAACAGUACAAGAAGGAGCGCAAGGGCAAGAAAGGGGUGAAGAGGCCCAACAGGUGUAAACUUCAGGACAUGUUGGCUAAUCUCCGUGACGCUGAGGAUUUAUCAUCCAUUCAGCCUCCGGUGGCACCGCCGGUUCGCCCGAGUCUGCCCCGUCUAAAUGAGCAUCAGCUGGGCCGCACGGACGAGGUUGAAGCCAUGACGUUCCCCCCCUCCUCGGGAAAGUCGUUUAUCAUGGGGGCAGAUGAGGCUCUGGAGACUGAACUGGGUCUCGGAGAACUCGCCGGUCUCACGGUGGCCAAUGAAGCUGAGAAUCUGUCUUAUGAUAUCACCACCAACAAAGAUGCCCUGCGCAAGACGUGGAACCCAAAGUUCACGCUGCGGAACCAUUUUGACUCCAUCCGCGGUCUGGCGUUCCACCCGGUGGAGCCGGUCCUGGUCACCGCGUCUGAAGAUCACACGCUGAAGAUGUGGAAUCUGCAGAAAACCGCUCCAACCAAGAAAUGUGCAGCUCUCGAUGUGGAACCCAUCUACACGUUCAGAGCUCACAGGGGUCCGGUUCUGUGUGUGGUGAUGAGUUCUAAUGGAGAUCAGUGUUUCAGCGGUGGAUUGGAUGGAACCAUUCAGAGCUGGAACACUCCCAAUCCAAACAUCGACCCGUAUGACUCGUAUGAGCCGUCUGUGCUGCGGGGGGCGCUGAGUGGUCACACAGAUGCUGUGUGGGGAUUGGUCUACAGCUCGGCUCAUCACCGACUCCUGUCGUGCUCUGCGGACGGGACGGUGAGACUGUGGAAUGCUGCGGAUACCUCACCGGCCAUCACAGUCUUCAAUGAGAGUAAAGAAAUGGGCAUCCCAUCAUCUGUGGAUCUGGUGUGCAGUGAUCCCGCUCACAUGGUCACUGCGUUCAGUAACGGCAGGAUGGGCAUCUUCAACAUGGAGACCCAACAGCUGAUUCUGGAGCUGGAGUCCCAGUCCGCCGGCAAACCUGGUACCUGUUCAAAAACUUCACUUACACAUACACACUGAUGAGAUGAAACUGAACUAA